AUGGCGGGUGGGGCGAAGGCGUCUUGGAUGGUGGCGAUGAGCGUGGGCGCGGUGGAGGCGCUCAAGGACCAAGCUGGGCUCUGCCGCUGGAACUACGCCCUCAAAUCCAUACAUCGGGCAGCCAAGGCCAGCGCCAACGUCCGCGGCGGCGUCUCGCAGGGCGCCAGGCAGCUUCCGACCUCUGCUGCGGCGGUGGCCGAGAGGCAGCGAGCGGAGAAGGCCGAAGGCCGGGGAAUUCCCCCUUUUCAAAAAAAAAGCUGUUGGGGUCCAAAUUAG